GACUUUGACGAAGAUAUUCGUGAUUGCGGAAAUGGAAUGCCGCUACCCGAUGUGGAUCUGUCCCAGUUUAACAUACUGCCUCAAGAUGAUGGAACCAUGGUGGUGAAUGGAACGGUCAAGAUCAUCAACGGCUUCGGGAAUCCUACCAGGUGGAACAUGUAUUCUAAACGGCAGGAGCAAGGCAAAUGGAACCCUGGAAUAAUCUCGCGAGAUAUCCCCAAUUUUUGCGCGGUUCUCCAACUGCCAACCGAAUCGUGGUACCAAUUUACUAGACAUUUAAAGCAGGGACACUGUCCGAUCAAAGCUGGGUACUCGGAAAGCUUCGACGACUUAAACAUUGGAAACGUGGCGUCUGCGUUCGAGAUUCCAGCAUCGUUCAUCGGCGAUUGGAGAAUCUACAACGAAAUCACCACCUUCCGAAAUGGGCGUCUCGAAAAGGAGUGCUACAUGGUUCCGGCCACAAUCGCCGAGGUUUAGAAGGAAA